UGUGCACCCCGUGCAUCGCACGGGAUCUGUACUAGUUCUCAUUAAAGCCCGAGUCCAAACCGAACCACUGAAAUCCCCCCAAAUCUCAAAAGCCUCAAACCCUAGUUUCUCUCUCUUCGCACGCCGGAGCAGGAUGUCGCACUUCGGUAGAUCUGGGCCGCCGGACAUCAAAGACACCUUCUCUCUCCUCGUCCUCAACAUUACUUUCCGUACGACUGCCGACGACUUGUUCCCACUGUUCGAUAAGUACGGGAAAGUGGUGGAUGUGUUUAUCCCAAGAGACCGAAGGACUGGAGAUUCGAGGGGAUUUGCAUUUGUGCGAUAUAAGUAUCAAGAUGAGGCUCAAAAGGCUGUUGAGAAGCUUGACGGGAAAGUGGUUGAUGGUAGAGAAAUAAUGGUUCAGUUUGCUAAAUAUGGUCCCAAUGCUGAGCGAAUCCACAAAGGGAGAAUUGAGGAGCCUGUUUACAGGUCCAAAGGAAGGUCACGAAGCCGCAGUCCUAGGCCAAGUUUUAGCAUAUCUACUUUGUACUUGUCUUCUAUGAUUUUCGAAUCAUUUUGUGCAAAAACUAAAAUGGAAGUUGUGUCUAGGAGUGAUUAUAGAGACAGAGAUUACCGGAGGAGAAGUCGAAGUAGAAGUAGGGACAGAUAUGAGAGAGAUCGUCAUCGUGGCAGGGACAAGCAUAGCCGUUACCGAAGCAGGAGCAGGUCCCGAAGCCUAAGCCGCAGCUUAAGCCCUGAUUGUCGCCGAGAACUGGUUCUCCUCCUCCGAGGCGAAGCCCUAGCCCACGGAGGAGUCCUUCUCCAGUCAGAUCAUCAUCACUGCCCUCUGGAGGUGGAAGCCCGGGGGCCCGUAACCCGAAAGAACGUUCCAUCAGCCCUAGAAGUGUCUCCCCUCGAGCUCGUUAUAAUUCUCGAAGCCAAUCUCCACGUUCUGAGGCUGAUGAUUAGGAGUGGAGUGUUGUGGAAUGAAUCUGAAGACAUGGUACCGGAAUAUGGCAGCAUCUGCGUUUUGAGUAAACUUAAUCUACAUAUCAUCGUCUGUAUGGUUAUUUCGAAGACUUAUUUUCCCCCUGGGAAUAUUUCGAAAGUUCUUUACCUUUCCGUUGUACUGUACCAGUUAUCAUUCUAUGUUUUGAUGGAUACUUACUUUAAAUUUGUGGAUUGAGGUUUUCAGACUAGUUCGUCGUCAUGGCUUUUGUGUUCAUGUUGUGUUUUAAAUUUGGAUGUAAGUCAAUUUAUGUAUCUCUCAUAAGUUCUUGCCUUGCGUUCUAUGGUUUGUGUGCUUUAGGAGUAGUUGCCGGUUGGUGAGACGAUGCAGCAGCUAUUUGAUGCUGUUUUUUUAGAUGAGGAAUGCAGUUAGCUGUUUGAUGCUGAUUUUUAGUUCGUGAAGCAGCUAUGCUGUUUGGUGCUGUUUUUAGAUGAUGUAGCAGUUUUUUGAUGCUGUUAUUAGAUGAUGCGGUGGCUGCUGCUGCUGUGGCUUGCUUUUAUUAUGCUGUUGGUUGUUCGAAUUCCUUGAUUUACAAACUCUGAGUGACGAUACCAUAACCGCAUAUGAGAUCGUGGCUGUUGCUGUGAGUUGACAGUCAAUAUUGUGUAAGAUGAACUGUUUGCGGCACUUGCUUGCAGCUGUAGAAACUAAUGCUGCUAUUUUGGUGGCUGUGUUGCAGUUGGAUUUAAGGACACAUCCAAAAUUUGGUUCAAGGUCUGAUGUAUUUAUGUGCAAUUCUUUAAGUCUGAUUUUUGGUUUGCCUCUGGAGCAGUCAUCCUAACUCCUGGAAAUCUGGGUUAAUUACAUUAUAAGCCUUGAGUUUAGUCGAAUUACAUAUAAAUCCUUUUAUUUGUUUCUACAGAAUGAAUUUCCCACUCAACAACUGGGAUACUUUUUUUAAACCAUUUACAAAUACCUGAGACUUAUUCACAAUUGCUAAUUUGGGUUUUAGCUAGAGUUGAAACUCAAGGGUUGAUUUGUAGCUAUCUUUAUUUAUUAUAAGUUCCCUUUUAGAAAGAGCACUGAGUCUAAUAUUAUAACUCCUGCUUGUGGAUUAUUUUUCUGUAGAACGGAGUUGGAGAAAUUAUUUUGUGAGGUAUUUGGAUCAGUUUAGAGUCAUUUGGUUCGUAUCGUUUUUUUAUUUGACGUUUAUAUAAUAUGAGCCAAUUGUUUUCUUAGUGCCGAGUUGCAGUAAACGAGACUCGGUAAACCCGUGUAAAUUGUGUACCUUUGAGGAAUUAACGGUAAAAUAUCUUGGAUAUUUUUAUUGCAAUGUGUCAA